GAAACCACUCUGUUCCUAAUCAGGGAGGGCCUAUAAUAUCCAAUGCCCCCAAUAUCAUUGAAACGAAUGUAGUCCCAGCGGAAAGGCAUAUAAAUAGGGGCUAGACCAAAGUCAGCGAUUAUCAAUUCAUCAGAUAAUCACAUAUAUUAGUCCGAGCUGACGGCGUGUCGAUCGUAUGAGCUAGAUCACACGGAUAAUGAUAGACUUUCCGAGUCUCCCAUUUCGCAUGUUCUUAAUCAGCCGCAAGAAAUCUAGCCUGUCGGUUAAUAAGAUCAAUAUGCCAUCAAGACCCCCCAACCGGGUUCUUCAUGAACCCCCCAAGGCCCUUCUCCAACUAUCCAUUUAGCCAGACCUAAUUAGAGCUAUCAAUGGCAACUCAUCACAUAUUUGUAUUAUCAUAUUAAUUUAAUCUCGUUGGGGAUAACGCCCUUAACUACUCCGCAUACGAUAUGAAGGUGGCAUGGGCCUGGGCCUUCUCCAAGGAGCGAGGCCGGUGGUCAGGGUACUCUUAUAGAUGGUAUAUAAGGGCCUGCUUCACACUCGCACUCGCCACGAAACUUGGGGUAUCCUGAGGCAACUCGAACACCAAAUAUGGCAAGGCAACUCUUGACGCUAGGGCUCCUUGCCGUCACUGGAGCCGUCGCGCAGGCGGUUGCUGUUUCCGAUUAUGACUAUAUCGUCGUGGGAUCGGGUCCUGGUGGCGCGCCUCUCGCAGCCAACCUUGCGCGGGCGGGAUACCCAACUUUGCUGUUAGAAGCGGGUGAUGACCUCGGCAACAACAAGAACUAUUCGGAGAUGGCCAACUUCAAUCUCGCGGCCAACGACGAGAAAUCGAGAUGGGACUUCUUCGUUAAGCACUCUUCGGACGAAGAACGCGAGGGUAAAUACGAACACACCACAUGGCGGAAACCCGACGGAUCCUUCUAUGUUGGUCUGGACCCUCCCGAGGGCUCGAAACGGUUGGGUAUUUACUACCCUCGCUCGGCUACACUUGGAGGCUGCGCGAUGCAUAACGGUGGUGUUUGCUCAUUACCCGCCGAUGACGACUGGGACGCGAUCGCCGAGAAGACCGGAGAUGAUACCUGGUUGGCGAAAAAUAUGCGACAAUACUUCGAGAGGAUAGAAACGGCCCAAUAUGUGCCAGCCGAUACCCCUGGUCAUGGAUAUACCGGCUACCUCAACGUGACAAUAAGCGAUCCAGCUUUUAUGCAACAAUCAUCCGAUGUACAAGCUAUCGCAAAUAGCAUAAUUAAGACAGUCGGUGGGGAGGUGACGCGGGACAUCAAUUCGCUUGACCCGGAUCGAGACCAAGCUACCGGUGUUUUCGGGCUUGCUAGCCACGCAGAUCCGACUGGACAUCGCGUUGGUACGAACACAUAUGUUCGGGCGACUUUAGAUGACCCAGCCAAGUUCCCCUUAACAGUCCAGCUUCAGAGUCUCGUUACUAAGAUCUUGUUUUCCGAGGAUGCUAAGGAACCAACCGCAAUCGGAGUUGAAGUUCUCCGUGGUCCCUCCUUAUACAAGGCGGAUCCUCGCUACAAUAACACCAAAGGAGAGGUUGUUAAGCUAUUCGCCAAUAAGGAAGUCAUUGUCUCCGGUGGAGCGUUUAACACGCCUCAAAUCCUCAAGCUUAGUGGUGUUGGUCCUGCUGAAGAGUUGAAGAAAUUCGACAUUCCAGUUGUUAAGGACCUUCCCGGUGUGGGUGAGAAAUUAGCCGACAAUUACGAGGGAAGUGUGCUGGCACUCGCUAGCAAGGCACUGAAUGGAUCUUCAGCGGGGCCUAUUGCAGUGAUGCUGAAAACGCCCACAGCGCGUAAGAACCGCAACAUUUACGGCUGGUGCAAGUCUUUCUCCUUUGAAGGGUUCUGGCCCGGAUACCCGACUGAGUACGGCCCAUCGCAAUAUGAAUGUGCUUUCGUUCACAUGAACCCACGAUCGCAAGCAGGUUAUGUUCAUUUACUCUCGGCUGAUCCACAAGAGCCUCCAGAGAUUAACUUCAAUUUCUUCGAGGACAAUGGAGAUGAGGAUUUGACUGAGAUGUUAGAUGCUGCCAAGAUAUUCCGGAAGGCAAUCACAUCGGUUGGCGCACCUAUCGCGCCCUUCAAUGAGAAGCAUCCCUGCCCCGGCGAGAACCAGAAUUGCACGGACGAAGCACAGAAGGAAUUCCUGAAGCUGCAGACUUACUCACACCACGCCACAAGCACGUGCGGAAUAGGCCCUGCUGAGGAUAAGUUGGCGGUGUUAGACUCGAAAUUUAGGGUCCAUGGUAUUAAGAAUUUGCGUGUAGUCGACGCUUCUGCUUUCCCGGCGGUACCUGGUGCGUUCCCGGUCUGUCCUGUAUUCAUGCUCGCGGAGAAGGCGACGGACGACAUUUUGGGGGAUGCUAAGGCUGCUUCUUCUUCUACUUAGAUGGAAGAUAAGGACUACCUUGGUAGUAUAUAGAAGCACGAUAAAACAUUACAAGGUAGAAAUGGAGAAAUUGCAUAUAGGAUCGAAAUAAGAAAAUUGCUAUAUGUGUGUCAUAUUGAUGUGUUCUUCUCGCUAUAUCGUUCCACCUGUGGACAACAGGCGAUAUAGUAGAAGCAUUGCUCUUCUCAGCAAUCGAUUCCGAUUUGUCGUUUCGAUAAAAUUUUGAUUGACUUAUUAAUUUCUCAAGUUAGGGAAUAUGAGAAAUGCGAAUCGAUUUGCAGUCUUAAAAGUCUAUAACACAUUCAACAAGAUUAAUCAUGAUGAAGAGUGGACGGAUAAUGGGCAAGCGUUCUAAUGCGAAAUAUUAG